UUGGUGUACUGGAUAUCCCUUCACUGUUAUCCAGGUAACAUACAGUACCAGGUCUUUCUCUGCCUCUGUGGUGGAUAGUGGAGUGUUUCCCAUGUGGUAUUGGUGUACUGGAUAUCCCUUCACUGUUAUCCUGGUAACAUACAGUACCAGGUCUGUUUCUGCCUCUGUGGUGGAUAGUGGAGUGUUUCCCAUGUGGUAUUGGUGUGCUGGAUAUCCCUUCACUGUUAUCCUGGUAACAUACAGUCCCAGGUCUUUCUCUGCCUCUGUGGUGGAUAGUGGAGUGUUUCCCAUGUGGUAUUGGUGUACUGGAUAUCCCUUCACUGUUAUCCUGGUAACAUACAGUACCAGGUCUUUCUCUGCCUCUGUGGUGGAUAGUGGAGUGUUUCCCAUGUGGUAUUGGUGUGCUGGAUAUCCCUUCACUGUUAUCCUGGUAACAUACAGUCCCAGGUCUUUCUCUGCCUCUGUGGUGGAUAGUGGAGUGUUUCCCAUGUGGUAUUGGUGUGCUGGAUAUCCCUUCACUGUUAUCCUGGUAACAUACAGUCCCAGGUCUUUCUCUGCCUCUGUGGUGGAUAGUGGAGCAUUUCCCAUGUGGUAUUGGUGUACUGGAUAUCCCUUCACUGUUAUCCUGGUAACAUACAGUACCAGGUCUUUCUCUGCCUCUGUGGUGGAUAGUGGAGUGUUUCCCAUGUGGUAUUGGUGUACUGGAUAUCCCUUCACUGUUAUCCUGGUAACAUACAGUCCCAGGUCUUUCUCUGCCUCUGUGGUGGAUAGUGGAGCAUUUCCCAUGUGGUAUUGGUGUGCUGGAUAUCCCUUCACUGUUAUCCUGGUAACAUACAGUACCAGGUCUUUCUCUGCCUCUGUGGUGGAUAGUGGAGCAUUUCCCAUGUGGUAUUGGUGUGCUGGAUAUCCCUUCACUGUUAUCCUGGUAACAUACAGUACCAGGUCUUUCUCUGCCUCUGUGGUGGAUAGUGGAGCAUUUCCCAUGUGGUAUUGGUGUGCUGGAUUUCCCCUCCCAAGGUGCAGGACUUUACAUUUUUCUUCACUGCAUUGUAGCCGCCACUUUUUGCUCCCGUCCUGUAGCUUGGUGAGGUGUUCUGGCAGGAAAUCUGCAGCCAAGGGUUCUGUACAAGAGGAGGGAGAAGGUCUGCUUGCAGGAUAUGAACCAAUGAAUGACUUGGAGGAAUCAGACACACUCGGAAAGACGUUGGAGGGCCACGCAGCAAACCUGGUUCUUGCAGACAUUCUACACAAAAUCGACCACCAGCAGUUUGGAAACUUGAAGGGGCGCUCCACCACGCUGUACAUGGUGUACCUCUUGGACGCCAUACUUAAAGGCUUGGAGCAAAGAGACACUGUAGCCCACCUGUGUCUCAUUGACUUCAAAAAAGCAUUUGAUAACGUGGAUCACAGUGGACGUGGCGUUCCCAACGUUCUCAUCGACACCAAGGAAUACUUAAGCAAGAUUGACAACAUCCUCAGCGACACAACCAAGUUUAAGAAAAUAACAAGAAACCCGACGGAAGCCCUCAAGAAAAGACUCAACAAACUAAUAGCGAAAAAUAACUCCACCUGCGACGUCAAGUUCGACCGACUCACCGGCGAAUAUGAGAUGGGAAACUGCUAUGGCAAUGUCAAGACUCACAAGCCAGGCAACAAAUUGAGACCAAUAAUAUCUCAAAUCCCAACCCCUACCUACAACAUCGCAAAGAGAUUGUGCGCCCUCCUUACACCGUACAUCCCAACCACCUAUUGCCUGCAGUCAGCAACAGACUUCAUCGACAUUCUCAAGAACAACAACGCGGGAGGAAGAGUUGCUUCACUAGACGCCGAAUCCCUCUUUACGAAUGUCCCCGUGGACCGCACCAUCAACUACAUCAUCGACCUUGUUUAUAAAAACAACUCUACACCUACCCUCGCCAUCCCAGAAGCUUUUGACGAGUACCCCCGCGCAGCCCGUAGUAACACCUGCCAGCCAAUCAGAGACCAGGACGCGCAGUGGGACGACCAACACAGCGGUAUAAAUCCACCCCCGCUCCCCACACAAGCCAUUCUCUCCGGUAUCCUUACCAAGGAAAGACCUUGCUACUGA